AUCGAAUGUUCUUUCAUUUGCAAUCACUCAAUAGCUUUAUUCACACUCGUUGUGUUAGUGAAAUAUUUAUUAUUGUAAGAAGUGAAUCAUAAUGUUGUUACGGUUCGGAUUGUGUUGCUUGUACGCCUCGUGUAUUUUAGUAAAUGCUGUUAAAGCAGGAAAUCAAACAGGUUCGGAUUCCGUUCAGAAGAUUUUUGAUUUUCUCGACGAAUGUAGUAAGAACUUCAUUUUGGGUGAACAGAAAGAUGUCGUGGUAGUAUUGGGUAACACUGGAUCUGGAAAAAGUACAUUGACCUUCUUGCUGACUGGUGUGAAAUUGAUAGCAGUUGAGACUGAUGAAGGCUCCGGAGAAUACGUGAUUGUGGAUGAAAAUAAGCUUAUCAGUCCGCCGGAUAAAUCUACCCAAUCGCAAACGAUAAUUCCCAAUCUUCGUAUCGAUAGAGUGGAUCACACUUCAUACUAUGAUUCCGCGGGGUUCGAAGAUUCUCGAGGCGUUGAACACGAUCUCUCUGUGACAUACUUGAUACAGAAGCUGUUGAAAUUUGCGAAUUCUGUUAAAUUCGUGUUUGCCAUCGCUUAUUCAUCGGUACGAAUUGGUGGAGAUCGACACGAUUUCAAGAAGCUGGCGCGACACGCCACAGCUUUGAUAAGGAAUAUCGACAAAUAUCGAGAUUCAAUGGCGCUGGUAGUGACCAAAGUUGAAACGAAAGUAUCGAAUGGACAAAUUGUGACGGAUGCGAAGACCAUUGAACUAAUCGGCAAGUUUCUCGAACAAACCAAGUCAGAUUUGAACAGUGAGGAUCCCUCGAUUAAAGCGAAGAUGGCGAAAUUCAUUGACAUUCUGCUACAGAAACAGGACAACAAACUAAGUCGCAUCCAAAUAGUUCGUGCACCAACAGAAGAAGGAAUUUUCAACGAAAUGACACUCCCCAAGCAAGAGCGACAGGCAAUCAGAACGAUGCUGAAAAAGAGACUCAAAUAUACACGCAAGCAAGAUGAUGAUUUUGGAUAUUCGAUUUCCGACGAGUCGAAACUCAAGGUUCACAGCCUGUUUGAAAAGCUUGAACACAACCUUAUGAAUGAUGUGGUGAACAUUGGUAAUGAUAUUCGUAAAGUAUUUGCUCAGCAAGCUACACGAACCCCAGAUAAACGGGCUCGUAUCACGAGAUUGAUCACGGGUAUCGAACAGUUGUCAAAGGUUAACUCUGAUGAUAUUGAAUUAUUCAAGCAACAAUUGGCCAGUGCAGUUUCCAUCCUUCAACUCAACAUACAAGGAGAGACACUGAACGCAUUAGAUCGACACAUAGGAUUUGCUCAUUAUUUUACUUCAGUGAGCAGUGGAAAGCUAUCGAGAGCUUUCAGAAUAACAGAAGGACUGAAAAGUGUAAAAGAAUCUCUGUCGAAAACGAAGGAUAAAUACAAAUUGGAAUUGGUGGCCGAAGUGAAAGCUCAAUUAGCUCGCGAUGUUCUGAAUAUUAACAAUCAAAUCAAGUCAUUUUACUUCAAGAAAGAGGCGGAAAUGUCUGAUGUCAACACUUUGUCUCAGUUUAUGUUAUCGCAAUUCAAAACACUUUCUACUGUUGCAUCAAAAGAACCGACAGUAUUUAACAGUCAACUGAUAGCAGCUAUCAACUCUCUUCGCAUUCAUAUAUCUUCAGACACCUUAAAAUUGCUUUCUGAUCAUAUUGAAGUGGUUAAGUUUGUGGAAUCAUUGAACAAUGCUGCGUCGUCUGUAAAAAUAGAAAUCCAGAACGGAUUGGCAGUCUCAAUUAAACAUCUAUCAGAUUCCAAGAAUUGGUAUCAGUUCACAAUAAAUUUUCAAAAUGAAUUGUCUCAGUAUAGAGUACAGCAGAACCCUGCUGGAUUUAACCCAGUCGCUUUGGAUGAAAUUAUCAACAGACUCAUUGCUCAGACUGAGAAAGGCAAUUCAGAAGUUCUCUUCAAAGAUACCGGAAUCAAAGGGUUCGUCGACCGUAUCAAUGGCCGACUAGUUGCUGGGUUUGAAAACAUCAAAAUUAACUCGAACAAAUUGAAAUCCAUCAAAAGACUAUGGCAACGCAACAUGCUCACUGCAAUCACCCCAUUGUGUACAGCCGCGGAGUUAGUGGUGAAAGGAUAUAAUAUCAAAAUGAGUGAGGUCGUCAAUGUACAAUGUCAAGCGGCCACGACAAAAAUCAUGGCCGUCAAUAAGAUUUUCAUCGAUGCAAAUAUCAAUAAAGUGGGACAUCAUCAGCUGCAAAUUAUUGCACCGACUUGGGAAGUCGUUGGACAGCGCGUAUUUGAGCUGAAUGGUAGAAAUGGUGCAAAUUUUGAUGGAUCUCCAGCAGGAGUAGCCAGUGGAGUGGCCGGACCACCUGGACAGGCAGGCAAACCUGGUUCGCAAGGUGGGCAUUUCUUUGGUAUAGGUAAUACAUUCAUAAAUGGACAAACCCUGAGAGUCAUUUCAAACGGCGGCACUGGUGGAAAUGGUCAAAAUGGCGGAAAUGGUGGCGAUGGUCGCGAUGGACAAUGGAAAAAAUCACAUAUCAAUAAAUUGUGGGGUGAUCGGUUCAUAACUACAGUAAAUGCGACUCCAUCUGGUGCAGGUGGUGAUGGCGGUUGCGGUGGCCUUGGCGGUUUGCCAGGAAGUCUGGCAAUCAUUGGUUUGAAGGGAGCAUCGAAUGUAGCCUUGAUCGCAAAUGCAGGGCAAGGAGGAGCGCCAGGACAUGGUGGAACUUCAAAAGAAACAAGUGACAUAGGAUUAUAUCGCAAGAACGGCGGAGAAAUAAAGUACUCUAUUCAACCGAACCAUUUCAGACCACCUUCUGGCCGCGAUGGUGCUAAUUGUGCAUCUAGACAGAGUCCAGGUGGAUCACCUGUUGCACCUCGCCCACCAUUCGUAAAUCACUUCAAAGCCUAUGCGCGUGAGAAUUUGGGAAAUAAUGUUUUUGAAUUGAGUUUAAGACAGUUUAUACAAGACGUAGAAAAUAACAGAGACGUUCAAUCAGCUUACGACAUUCUGAGUUUUACUAACGAAAUGCUCGAUUUAGAGAAUCAAUUUUGGAAUUUGAGAAACAAGAUCGCUUUCCGCCCAUUUUACGAGUCGAUUUUGAAUCGCUUGACCGUUUAUGAAAAGACGUUACCGGCCACAGAUGCUAGACGAAGGGUGCUGAACUACUUGUAUGCUGCUGCCUUGAGUCAAAUCAAUUCGAAUAUCGUCAGCCAAAAAACGAUUCUCAACCUGCGAGACUAUCUAAACGAAGCUCAAACACACAUCAAUGACAUCCGAGUGACGGGAAGAGAAAUUCAGAUCAGAAACCAUCAAGUCGAAUACACAAACACCAUGCUCAACAAAAUGAAUGCCGCCAAAGAUCUGAUGAAUCAGAAGAUAUUUCCACAACUUGACAAGGACUUGGAAUUGAUUGAAGCAAAUUUCGUUGUCCUAGUCGACGAAACUGUUGAGAAGAAAAGGCAGACACACAAUCAGAUUGACGAAUAUAAACGGAAGCUGAGAGAAAUGAAGAAAUCUUUGUCCAGAGGUAGGAUAUUCGGUGGACUGAAGGUGGUGAGAGCAGCAAUGUCGUUCUUCGGACCCGUUGGAGCUGGAAUCGGUGCCGUUAUAGGAGCUGGAACAUCGAUUGCCGAAGCUGCGGUCGGUAAGCAAAUCGGUCCUUCAACAAUAGCCCAGGUUUCGAGCUCCUUGGACAGUGUGCUCAAAGCGUUCAAGUACAACAAUGAACUGUUCAAACAGCAGCUGAAUGAUAUUGAAAAUGAGAUUGGAUCGAAUGAAAAAUUCAACGAUCUGCGCGGACAGUUGCAGAAAAUAAAAUCAGAUGUCGAUAAGGCCGACAAGGACGAAUCAUUCCUACCAAUCUUCAAUGCAAGGAAGCAAUUGCAAGAACUCCUCAAGAAUGAGAAACAACUUAUCCAGAAAGAGCAUCCACACGAUAUAACACUAAACGAAAUAGUGAGUAAAGUGCAGGAUAUCGGAAGUGUGGUCGGAAUGUCCAUUGAAAUGUACAACCAAAUCAAGGGCAGCAAAGAGAGAAUGCGAGAGGUUGCAGAUGUGAUCCAAUCAUUGGAGAGAGAAUUGGUAGCGCUGGAUCUGUACGAAGCACAAAUCUACGAUACGAUGAUUCCAAUGUUUCGAGCGACGCAGGCCUAUUUGAAAAGCCAAUCGGCCAGUGGAGGCUCACACGUUCAACUUGAUAUCAAGAAAUGGGAGAUCAAGAACCGAUUGGGUGAUGUCAAAUACAUGUUCGGUCAAAUGACUGCGGUGUCCGGUACUCACGACGAUUUCCAACAUUAUUUCGAAAAAGUGCUGGCAUCAAUGGAUGUUCUGAUCGAUGUCUACGAUCGUAUUGAAUCCAUUUCUGAUCACACUCAGUUCGUUGACUUUAUCACAAAGAUCACUUCGAAUGGACAAGGCAUUACAACCGAUCCGCAACUGAUGAACAUUAUCAAUCGAAUGGAUGAGAUGAUUCAAACGAAUCUGGUGCUGGAGCGCCAUGAGUUCAUUGUUAAUGCAUUCAAGCAACAUUAUUUCCCAUUCGCACCACUCUUCUUGGACAAAUUCGACCUACCCCCCCGUCUUAGAUUCAAUGACACGGAGGCUUUGAAAGCAAACGCCAUCAAACAAAUCCGAGACUUGAACAGUGGAGUCAUAAUAUCGCAAGCGACGCUUGGAAGUAAAGACAUCAGUCUUUUCGAUGAUGUCAGCUUUGACAGCAACGCUUCGAUUAGUUUGCUACCACCUUUCUACGUAUGGCGACAUAACGAAUUCAAAGACGAGAUUCGAAAACUCUUCAAAGGUGAAUCGAUUCUGAUCAAGGCCGAUGUUAACACGGGUGUGAAUAAAAAUGCAAUCAAGUUCAAUCGUAUCGGCAUUCAGUUCAAGUCACCAAAUGCGACAGUUCAAGCUCAACUGAACAAUGCAAUGCAAGACUUUGACUUGACGAUGGCUAUGGUUGGAAAUAGUUACUAUCGAUGCGGCAACAGAGUCUACCAUCUGCAGAGUGAUGGAAAUGUCGUCAUUGAGCAGUCGAUGAAACGGGAUUCGAAAGAGAAUCCAAUCAAGCAGAACAAUGUUUACCGGAAGAUCAGUGAGAGUAAUUAUUUCUUGAGUCCGUAUGGUUUGUGGAAUAUGAAAUUGGAGAGUGAAAAGAUUGGUGUCGAUCUGAAGAAGUUUGAGAAUGAAGUGUUCGAUAUUGAACUUGUUGGGCGUGGUCAAUACUUGAAGAAUACUGAUGCAGUGUCCAGAGACAUUUGUAACGGUCACUUAGACAGAUAUUAUUCGAGGGAUCUGCUUAACGGCUCUUAAGCUCUGUUGUGAUUUUAUUGAAAUAAGCAAAAGAACAAUAAAGAAAUCCAUGAAUCA